ACCAUGAUCGGCCGGAGAAGCUUCGAGGACGAAGAAGUGAACAGAGAGAAUGGCUACUCACUACAGUUGGAAGAGCUUCGAGGAGAACGAAGAUCGGCCGGAGAAGCCUCGCCGUUAUGGUGUUACGGAGAUGCGAGGUCCUCGUUACUCCGUUCUCAGCCAGAAUGUUCUUCAGGAGAUUUUUGAAUCGAUGGGACAAUUUGUUGAUGGGUUAAAGUUCUCGGGAGGCUCCAACAGUUUAAUUCCAAAAUCAUUCAUCAAACAAGCCAUUGAAAUGGCUCAUGAACACGAUGUGUAUGUCAGCACUGGAGAUUGGGCUGAACAUGUUCUUCGUAGUGGUCCUUCAGCUUUCAAAGAGUAUGUCGAGGAGUGUAAGGAGUUGGGGUUCGAUACUAUCGAGCUGAAUGCGAAUUCGCUUGAAGUUCCGGAGGAAACACUUCUACGAUAUGUACGUCUGAUUAAGAACGGUGGUCUCAGAGCCAAACCAAUGUUUGCUGUGAAAGUCAACAAGUCUGAUAUUCCUGGGAAGAAUAGGGCUUUUGGUUCCUAUGUUGUUCCAGAACCUCGAUCAACGGAAUUUGUUGAGGACAUUGAUCUCUUGAUCAGAAAGGCUGAAAGGUGUUUAGAAGCCGGGGCAGACACCAUUAUGAUUGAUGCAGAUGAUGUCUGCAGAUAUGCAGAUUCUCUCCGAGCAGACAUAAUAGCCAAAGUCAUAGGACGUCUUGGAAUAGAGAAGACUAUGUUUGAAGCAUCUGAUGCGAAGUUAGCUGAGUGGUUUAUCAAACGUUACGGUCCAAAUGUGAAUCUCUAUGUGGAUCAUUCUCAGAUUAUGGAUCUCGAGUGCCUCCGUGGUCGUCAUCUGGGCAAAGAUCACCAAUCCGUUCUCAGUUCCUCCUACUUCUUGUUUUAAAAUAAUACCUCUGCCACUACAUCUAAAACCUGUGUGAGUUUCUUAUGUAUUAUGUCGUAUCUGUCUAUGUUAUGUGCUUCUUUUGAUGCUGUAAGAAAGAAAAUGUUUAGGAGAAUAUCGUGAUCUGGGACGGUGAUCUCAUAGUAUCUUGGUCAAUCUCCUAAAUCUCUCAGAAUGUAUACAACCUAGUCAAGUAAUGUACGUAAGGCUUGUUUAUCUCGUAU